CGCGUACGUCAGCGGAAAUAGUUUAUAUGCAAACGACAAACAAUCAACAACAAGCAGCAAACGGAUUUGGGAAGCGUAACUGCGUCUUGGCCGAAGCUCGCGCUCGAACAAUGGUUGUUGCUGUUGUUGCCGUCGACGUCUUUGAAAAGAGCAGCAGCGGCAGCAGCGUUGAAUCUGCAGAAUUAGCGGCACCCAGCUGUAGCGGUACACAAGAAUCGGCCUCCAAUAACAAUAAUACUGAUAAGACCGCUCCAACGACUGUUCAGGAGGCAGAGGCCAACAACAACACGCCUGUCACCUCUAAAACGAGCGACAAAAUGACCGAUGCUGGCAAGGGGAAGAGCAGCGAUUCUGUCGGCGAUUCUACCAAAGCGGUAGAGCCGGCCGAUCCCGCAUUGCCGACAGCUCCCACAAAAAGCGCCGUUAGCCAGCGCAAUGUGGACAUCAAGAUCGAGAAGAUAGCUAACACGGAUCCGGCCGGCCAGCAGCUCACCAAGAAGGUGUUAAAGCUUGAUCUGGGCGGCAAGAGUCUGGACGAGUACUCGCUUAAGUCGCCCAAGUCACCCAUAGCGGCACGUGUGCAACAUCAAACAUCAUUGACGUCAUCGGUGGACGUGGAGGACCGGAAAACGCUACGUGACGCCUUAUAUCAGGGUAUUUUUCACCGACAUCGCCGCACCAUCUUCGCCGUGGGCAGCUUCCUGCGCAUGUUGCGCAGUCGCAACUCCCAGUACAACACGAUUCGCAGCUCCUCAGAGGGCGAGGACAUCGACGAGUUUCUCAAGAGGCGCAGCUCGAAGUUGCUCAGGCUUCCGCAUAUCUUCGAUCAAUGAGUGCUUUCUUGCGUGCCGGAAAUACUAGGUAUACAGUUUUCGAUUUCCACAUAGUACUUAGCUUUAAAUAUUGUUAUUAUCAUUCGAGUAAUAAAUUAAAGUUCUGUCGAAAGCCCUAGCCCAUUGUGGGCCAGAGGUUAAAUAUGCCCCAA